CGUGUUUGAAGACGUAUCGGAUAUAAACAACAAACGGAAUUGUGGGUUUUUUAAAGAAACAACUACAACAAAAACGAGUGUGUUGUAAAUAAUAACAACAACAGAUAAAAAAGAGGCAAAAAAAUCUAAAUGAGAAUAAGAUAAAAGCAAAAAGUGUGAAUAAAAUAGAAAUCUUAUUAAAAGAGAAUGCACAAAAUAUAGCAAAAAGUGAGAAAAAAUAUUAAAGUUUUAAAAGGAAAUUAAAGAAAAAUAUACAAGAAAGUUUGGAAAUUAAAAAAAAAAAAAAUUUGGAAAAGUGGGAAAUUAAAUAAAAAUAAAAGGAAAUUGUUAAGAACGAGUUAAAUUUUUUAUAAAAUUAAGCUGCCAAAAAACAAAAGGAUUAUUUUGCCAGGAAUUUUUGAAGGCCUUAACAAAAAGUAAGAUGUUUGGUUAAAUUUGAGUUUGAGUGUGGUAUGAGUAAAAGGAGAAGGAAUACAGAGAGUCGUUAGUAUCUAAAGUUUUGUUGCAAAUUUAUUUAAAUAUUUCUAAUAACUUUGUUGCAUAAAGACCUCAAUUUGCGAAAAUUUUGUUUUACAUUUUGUUUGUUGUUUAAACUUCUCAGUUUUCAUGUUAUUGAAAUUUAUGAAGUGAAAAUCAGCUGCAAAUUAAUUUACAGAAUUAAAUAUUUGAAAAAAGUUUUAGUUCAAAAACCAAGGAAUUUAAUUUAUAUUAAAACGUUAAACGUUUUUUGAAAGGAAUUACAAGGAUUUUUCUCUCUAAACUUUGGCUGCUGCAUUAUGUAAAUAUUUAAUGGAGUAAUCUUGUAAAGCAACUCUAUAAGAAUGUCUCAUCAAACAGCUAGACGCGCUGCAGCGCCUACAAGUUUAGAAUGUCCGUUGGCCUCGUUGGGACGUACUAGCAAUGCGGUGAUGGACUCUUUGAAUGGUCUACAUCAGUCUACCUUUCAUCAUCCCUUAAGUUCAAGUCCUCUGGAUCCUCAAGUUUAUCAAAUGUCUCGUAAAUCUCCCGAUCUUAGUAUAGACACCGAUACGGAUAUCAUUUAUCACACCAGCUCGGUUUCGCAACAGGGAGAUACUGUCGAUGGCCUGAGAGGAGAUUUAGAGGAUUCAACACAAAGUGCCAAAAAUACCACACAAGAAAGGCAGGUGACUGCUCAAUUGUAUGAUCUCUCACGAUCAUCGUCACAAAGUUCUUUAGAUCAACCCCAGCCUAUACAGCAUAAAGCAGCCACUUUUGAAUUGAGAGGACGACAGCAUCCCUUAAAUGGUUCCACGGUAUUGCCCAGCUCAGCCUCGGUAGGACGUACGGUCCAACAGCAGCAGAGAUCAAAUCUAUGUGUGGGCGUUAAUGCCAAUCAACAGCGUAAUUUUUUAGCCCUCGAACACUUAAUACAAUAUGGACGCCAUGAACGGGGGCCUAGUGCCUAUGUACUACAUAGUAAUAGUGCCGAUACAGAGGAUUCAAGUGAUGCUGCUCCUGGCACUACCAACAGUCGCUUGACACGCCAUCAAAAUGGUCGUGGUACUGUACCGGUGGGGGCCUCUACUAAUGGCAAUGGUCGCAAUGCUCAAUAUUAUUUGGAAAAGAAAAUGGAUGCUUUAUAUUUGGGUAAUGCCAUACGAGGUUUGCCAUUGGGUUCGGAGGCUAGUAAUUAUCAGAGUGAGCGCUAUUAUCUGGAAGAUGGUCUGCGGAGUAUGUGUGAUUUUAGUGAUGCCAAUGAGAGACUGCAAGAUCCUCAUCUGCUACACCAUCGCGCCUCGAGUCCCAGUGAAACUAGUGGUUCCGAUCGUUAUCUCUUAAAUCGCACCAACUCACCCGCCAAUGCCUUCAGUUCAUCGAAUCACAUCGACAACUUUUCCAGUUCAAAUAACAACACCUCCUCCUCAUCGAAUUUGGCCUUGGAUCAGCGCUAUCAUCACAGUAAAGUGAAAAGUUUAUCCGAUGGUUUAUGUAAUUUAGGCAGAUUUUCACCUAGUCUAGAUCAGGGCUAUGCCACUUUGGUAUCACCCUCACCCACUGGCCAUCAUCCGAAUACCAUAACAACGCACAGUAUAGUUCAUCAUCCACCACCGGCUGCCAUGUCGGCAGCAGCGGCCAUAGCAAGAAGACAUGUAGAGACGGGACCACCGCCAUGGUCGAAAAAGGGACCAUUUAGAUCGGGUCCUCUAUUUGAUCGUUUGCCCGACGAGGCCAUUUUGAAAAUUUUCCAAUGGUUUGAUAGUUGUGAAUUGUGUAGCUUAGCGCGGGUUUGCCGAAGAUUCGAACAGUUGGCCUGGCGUCCGGUUUUGUGGAAAGUUAUUACUUUAAAGGGGGAACAUCUGAAUGGAGAUAAGGCUUUGAAAAUGAUUUUUCGCCAAUUGUGUGGUCAAACCCGCAAUGGUUCCUGCCCUGAAGUGGAGAGAGUAAUGCUGGCCGAUGGUUGUCGCAUAUCGGAUAAGGGUUUGCAAUUGCUGACCCGUAGAUGUCCGGAAUUAACACAUCUGCAGCUGCAGACAUGUGUUAAUGUCUCCAAUCAGGCUCUAGUGGAUGUCUUGACGAAAUGCACCAAUGUACAGCAUUUAGAUGUAACGGGUUGCACGCAAAUUAAUACCAUAACACCGAAUCCGAAUUUGGAACCACCUAGAAGACUUUUAUUACAAUAUUUAGAUUUAACCGAUUGUACAGCUUUAGAUGAUGUGGGUCUAAAAAUUGUGGUCAAAAAUUGUCCUCAACUGGUGUAUCUUUAUUUAAGACGCUGCAUACAAAUUACAGAUGCAGGACUAAAAUUUGUGCCAAGUUUUUGUAUAGCCCUGAAGGAGCUAAGCGUUUCCGAUUGCCUUAACAUAACCGAUUUCGGUCUCUACGAAUUGGCCAAACUGGGGGCUGCUUUGCGCUAUCUAUCCGUAGCCAAAUGUGAUCGGGUAUCUGAUGCGGGUCUUAAAGUCAUAGCAAGACGUUGCUAUAAACUACGUUACCUCAAUGCCCGAGGUUGUGAGGCGGUUAGUGAUGAUUCCAUUACCGUACUGGCACGUUCAUGUCCACGUUUGCGGGCACUCGAUAUUGGUAAAUGUGAUGUCAGUGAUGCUGGCCUAAGAGCACUGGCCGAAAGUUGUCCGAAUUUAAAGAAAUUAAGUUUACGUAAUUGUGAUAUGAUUACCGACCGUGGCGUACAAUGUAUAGCGUACUACUGUCGCGGUCUGCAACAAUUGAAUAUACAAGAUUGUCAAAUAUCCAUUGAAGGCUAUAGAGCGGUUAAGAAAUAUUGUAAACGCUGUAUUAUAGAGCAUACAAAUCCGGGAUUUUGUUAAAAGAAAGAACAACUAACUUAGAGUCUCCUACUAUCCUAACGCUCCUCUACUUGUACAUAUGUACUUAUUUUUUAUAAGAAAAAUUAUUUUUUUAAGCAAAAUUAUUUGAAUUCUUUUUUUUUUUAAUUUAAAAAGUAUUUAAACUUUUAUUUUUAAAUUUUAGAACAAAAAUUUUCUUUUAGCUAAAAAUUGUUUGUAAAUUAUUUAAAAUUCUUAAGAAAUUAAACAAAUUUAUAUCAAUUGUAAUUAAAUUUAGUUUUAUAAUUUUCUAAUUUAAACAAAAAAUCAAGUAUUGAAUAUUUAUAAAAUCGAAAAAAUAUUUAAAAGAAUUUUUUUUUUUAGUUUAAUGCAUUAGUAAUUUUGUAUUAGGCCUGCUGUCAUUUGUUUUGUUUUCUUUAUAAAUAAAUUAUUAUAUUUUUCAAAUAAAAAUAGCGAAACCGUCUUUAAAGAUUUUAUUGGAAAUACAUAAUAUUUAAAUUGUUCUGACACCGAAUUUUGAAACAAACAUGGGUCGAUUUUAUUGCAAAAAGAAUAUUUCAAAUAUUUUUUUUCGAAAAAUUUUCUAAUAAAAAAUAUUUUUGAAAAUUCGCAUUUUCUUU